UGGGGUUUUUCCCACUGGUCGAAACUGGUUGAUGAUUAGUGCUACUUAUCGCAAGACUGCCCGUCUAUAUAAAAAGACCGACGCCCGAACAGGCUCGACAUCAUUUCGCAUCAAGUGCUUUGCAUAUCUUCUAAGGAGUUUUUUUCCAGUCAUGUUGGUGAAACUAUUUGUUCUGAUUGCCCUGGUUGCAGUAGUCAUGUCCGCUCCGUUGCUCCUCGAGCCUGUGGACAUCCAGAAGGAAUGGACCAAUUGGAAGACCACACACAACAAGAGCUAUCCAACUCCCGAGGAAGAAGCAGCGCGAUUCAAGACGUUCGAGGAAAACGUUCGCAAAAUCACCGAACACAACAAGAAAUAUGAGGCCGGCGAAGUCACCUGGACCCAAGGUCUGAACCACUUCGCUGACCAAACGCAAGAGGAAUUCGCCAGGCACAAUUUGGGCCUGCGAAAACCUGAAGCUCCUGGACUUGUUGGAUCCCAUUAAAGAGCGGUUGAAUUUGCAUUCUUUUUUAGAUUUUAUAAAUAUGUUGAAACCCUGCACAGUAAAGUUUUUUAGGUAGAA